GCCUUUGCCUGUGCUGACACACCCCCUCUCUCUGUCUCUCUCUCAGAGGCCAGUGCUGACGCACGCACACUUUCUCUCUCUAUCUCUCCUUCUCUCUCUCUCUCUCUCUCUCCAUCCACUCGCACAGAGAGAGUGAAACAGAGAGCGAAGGAGAAGAAGAAGAUGCUGGCGGCAGAGGAUGGAAGAGACCCGAGAUUGAAGGCCAUCUCAGACACCAUAAGGGUCGUUCCUCACUUCCCAAAACCAGGCAUAAUGUUCCACGACAUAACCACCCUGUUGCUCGAUCACAAGGCCUUCAAAGACACGGUUGACCUGUUUGUGGAGCGGUAUAGAGACAUGGGCAUCUCCAUUGUUGCUGGCAUUGAAGCCAGGGGAUUCAUAUUUGGGCCAUCUAUUGCUUUGGGUAUUGGUGCCAAAUUUGUCCCUCUCCGGAAACCAGGGAAGCUGCCAGGAAGAGUCAUAUCUGAAUCGUAUGAACUCGAAUAUGGCACUGAUCAACUCGAGAUGCAUGUCGGAGCUGUUCAGCCAGGGGAACGUACUAUAAUCAUAGACGAUUUGGUAGCCACUGGCGGGACCCUUUCCGCUGCAAUAAGACUUCUGGAACGUUUUCAGGCUGAAGUGGUUGAGUGUGCUUGUGUCGUUGGUUCCCCUGUUGUCCAGGGAGAAUGCGAGCUGAAAGAGAAGCCGCUGUUUGUUCUUGUGGAGCCCCACCAUUGAAAGAUGAUUUUGACAGGAUCAGGAAGUGAAGAGGAUCCGCUUUGGGAAUGAUACAUGGGUUGCACCUGAUGAAGCAUUUGUUCGUUAUUCAACACCGCCGGUUACUUCCUCCGACAAAGAACACCCUAAAGGCAAAAUAAUGUAGCCCGCUCUGCACUGACUUCAUUGUCUAGUAGCGGCGUCGAGCCUGUGUCCUCAUAAUAGUAUAUAAGAUACUUCUUGAUGCCCAUCCAAUAAGGAUUGGAGUAGGUCAAUUGUUUCAAUGAUCAGAGGAGACCAAACUUUACCGUGCUUUUAGCCAACUGCAUUGAAGAGCUAAUGCCCAACAUUAGAUUGACAUCUGGUGACAUUUGUGACAUCUUUGUGUAGAAAAUUUCUUGUUCAUGCUCUGUACAAAACCCGGUCGGAAUUUCCUCUUGCUCGCGUGCAUAUACCUGGUGAAAUGGCUAGGACGUGAAACUCGAGAGCCGUAGAGGGCGAAACCAGCCCAUGGCCUCAUUUGCCGCCACUCGCUUCUAUGGUUGAGAAUAGAUUGAAUUAGUAUGUCCAGAAUCUUUCCUCUAUGCAACUGAGCUUCAGCAA